AAUUAAUUAAAUAAUAAUUAAUUUAUGUUUAAUAGUGUUAGAAGGUACUUAUUUAGUACAGGUUCUUUGUUUACUUGGGGUUAGUCAAAUGGAAGUUUAGGAUACACAAUAGGAAGUCAAUAGCAAAUGAAAGGAGUUUCAAUGCCUUAAUUAGUGGAAGGAUUUAAUAAUAAUGUAGCAUAAGUUGAAAUGGGUUAAAAUCAUUCAGCAUUAAUCACAGGCGAUGGAUAGCUCUAUACAUGGGGAACAGGAAAUAGUGGAUAAUUAGGACAUAACAAUGGUAUUGAUUUGAUUACAAAUUAGAUAAGGAUUAUAAUACACCUUAAUUAGUUGAAUUCUUUACAAAACACAAUCUCAAAGUUAAAUAAAUUGCAUUAGGAGAUUAUCAUACAGUAGCAUUAACAAAUGAUGGGGAUGUUUGGACAUGGGGAUAUGGUGGUAAAGAAUAAAAUUUUUUGAUGGAUUUAUUAUUUUUAUAAGUUGGAGCACUAGGUCAUGGCGAUUCAAAAAAUAGAUACUCUCCAACUCCUGUUAAAACAUUAAGAUCACUUAAGAAAAUUUAAUAUAUUUAAUCAGGAUUAAGAUUUACAAAUGCUAUUAAUGAAAAUAAUGAAUUAUAUGUAUGGGGUAAAGGGGAUUACGGUGUUUUUGGAGAUGGAAAUAAUAAAUCACAUAACUUUCCAAUUAGAAAUGAAUUUUUCGAAGAUUACUUGAAGAGUAAAUUGAAACUCUCCAUAGUGAAAUUAAAGUCUUGCAAUAAUUAUUCAAUUGCUUUAAUGAGUGAUGGUAAUCUAUAUGGAUGGGGAAGUAAUGACUUUGGUUAAAUGGGUAUCAAAAAUGAAAUUGGAGUAGAGAUUUAUGAAACUGCAAAUUUUCCAACUCAAGUCGUAAAAGACAAAUUUGGAAAUAACAAAAUUGUAGAUUUUGUAGUUGGAGAAGAUCUUAUAGCUGUACUUUUAGAUAAUAACGAAGUUUAUUGGUCUGGUAGCAAAGCCGAAUAUUCUCCUGUGAGGUAAAUUCAAAUUUUAUUUUAUUCAGAUUUCCUCUUCCAGAAGGUAUAGCCAAAAUUACAUAGAUCGGUUGUUGCUAUAGAUGUAUUGUAGUUGCUACUGAAGAUGGUAAACUCUAUUACAGAAAGAAAUUCUUUGGAGAUGGAAAUGAAGAUCUCUCUACUGGGAUUAUUGCCAGUGAUAUUGCCACUGUAUUUAAAUAUCCAAAUGCAAAAGUCUAAAAAUUAGGAGGAUCAUAUCGAAAUCGUUAUGCUAUUGUCUAAAUUUGAACCAUUAUUUUAAUAAUAAAACAAUAAUUAAAAAAUCCAC